GAGAAUAAAAAAUAAAAAAUAAAUCUAAACCUGAAUAAACCGGAAACGCAUUAAGAGUUAGAUUGUUGCUCAUUCUACAGAGCGCUCGUGCUUUUCCUCACUUCUUUGUCUCGAGCGCCUUCCAGCUGCGGUAACCUUGACAACCGCUCGUGACUUGCAGCCAGCCAUGUAGAACAGCAGCAGCAGCCACGCGCGCUCGUGGAAAAGCGCAACGAUUUUUUUUUGCCUAUAGAACGUCAGUUUAUUUUAAUCCACAAGUCCCGAGCCAUGUUGGCAUCUACAGAGCUAAGCGAAGCUAAAAUAAAAUAAAGAAGUAAGAUGUCAUUUCAGUGAGAUAACAGCAUGAAUAGAACUCUUCCUCGCGCAGCCCGUGAACAGACACCUGUAAAUGCACGAGCUUCGGGUGAAAGAAAAGGAAUCAUGUGAUACAAACAAAAGGGUGCGUUUAUCCAUCUUGAAGGCCUAACGUUAACUGUCGCAAAACCGGUGCUCGCUUUCCGUUUCCGCGGGCUGCCUCGAGACAACUUUCUUCGCGUCUUAUCCCGACAUAACCUCCGCGCGCGCGCACACUCGACCGGGGAGGCGAUAAAACAGGGACAAUGCGCGUGAGAGAUGAAGGGGCACGCGGCGCUGUUUACACACACACACACACACACACACACACACACACACACACACACACACACACACACACACACACACACACACACACACACACAUAUACAGAUACCACUCACGCGCUCCCGCUCACUACUAGUAUCACCUGGUUACUAGGGCAGCACUACUAACUAGUUGCCUGCGCAAUUAUGGGAUGGAUUGCCAUGGCAACCGACCAGACGUCACGAGCUGGAGCUGGGCAUGUGUGUUCCAUUUUCGUCUCUUAUUUUCAGACACGAGGAUAAUUGGAUAGAGGAGGAAAGAAGAGGGAAAGAAAAGAUCGGAGCGCAUCCAAAACCUUCGGAUCUUCUUUUUGUGCAUUUUUUAAUUUUUUUUAUUAUUUAUUUUUUUUAAGCAAAAAUCCUCACCCUCAUAUGUCCCUGUUUUUUUUUUUAAUUCUCCAUCUAGUCCUUUAAAAAAAGGCGUUGCUUAAUCGGGAGUUUGCGCGACUUUUUUUUUGUUUAAAAAAAAAAAAAAAAAAAAAAAAAAAAUCCCGGACGCACGGAUGUAAUUUUUGUGCGUGAGGACGCGCGCGCGCGUGUGUGUGUGCGUGUGUGUGUGUGUGUGUUAUGCGGUGAAGAUGCCCGGAUCACUGAGCAACGAGGAAGAGGGCCAAGACGAUUUGGAUUUUGAAGACGACGUGCCAGACGAGGAUGAGGAGACCGAACACGUCCGCGUGCCGCUCUCGCCUCUGGAGCGAUUCUUCUCGGAAGACGAGUCGCUCAAGCAGAAGAAGAAGAAACCCAGCAAGCAGAAGGAGGGCAGGAUGCCCAAAGUGAAAAAGAAGACGAAGGAGGGUGGCUCGAGCGAGCACGAGGAUGUGACGGACAGGGAGGACCAGUGCUCCGGGAGCGAGAGCAGCACCUACGGCAUGCUGAAGAAGAAAAAGAAGAAGCCCAGGGAAAAGAAGGAGAAGAAGGGAAAAUGGAAGAAGAGGGAGGACGACGAAGACGACGACGACGACGACGGAAAUAUGAAGGAACCCAAAUCUUCGAGUCAGCUGAUGGAGGAGUGGGGUCUCGAGGACGUCCAGUACGCCUUCUCCGAGGACGAUUACAAAACCAUCACCAACUACAAGGCCUUCAGCCAGUUCCUCAGGCCUCUCAUCGCCAAGAAAAACCCCAAAAUCCCAAUGUCCAAGAUGAUGACGGUGUUAGGCGCUAAAUGGCGUGAGUUCAGCGCCAACAACCCGUUUAAAGGCAGUUCGGCGACGGCCGUAGCAGCUGCGGUGGCGGCCGCAGUGGAAACGGUCAACAUCACGCCAUCGAUCUCCAUCAGCAGCGUCCAACAGCUCUCUCCAACAGGGCAGGUCAAAAAAGCCAAAACCAAAGAGGGCAAGGGGCCGAGUGCAAGGAAGAAGAGCAAGCAGCCAAAGGACACGAAAAAGAAAGCAAAAGCCAAGAAGCCCAAAUUGAAAGCAGGACAGAGCAGCAAGAGGAAAAAAGCAUCUUCGAGCGAGGACGAUUUCUUAGACGACUUCUCUGACUUUGAUGACAUCAGCAUCCACAGUGCCUCCGUUCGCUCCGACGCCUCGGGGGUGCCCAAGAAGAAAACGAAGCGGGGACGCAAAAAGAGAAAAAGAGAGGACGGAGACGGCUACGAGACGGACCAUCAGGACUACUGUGAGGUGUGUCAACAGGGCGGUGAGAUCAUUCUGUGUGACACCUGCCCCCGGGCCUAUCACCUCGUGUGUCUCGAGCCAGAGCUGGAGAAGGCCCCCGAGGGCAGAUGGAGCUGCCCUCACUGCGAGAAGGAGGGAAUUCAGUGGGAAGCGAAGGAUGAUGACGAGGAGGAAGAGGACGCUGGAGGAGAGGAAGAAGACGACCACAUGGAGUUCUGUCGAGUGUGUAAAGACGGAGGAGAGCUGCUGUGCUGUGACACGUGCCCUUCCUCCUACCACAUCCAUUGCCUGAACCCGCCUCUGCCCGAGAUCCCCAACGGAGAGUGGCUCUGCCCGCGGUGCAUGUGCCCUCCUCUUAAAGGGAAAGUUCAGAAGAUUCUACACUGGAUGUGGGGGGACCCACCUUUACCCCCCGAGCCUCUCUCCCUUCAGGACGGUAAAAAAGAAGACGUCCUGGUCAAACCUCCGCUAAAGGGACGUCCUGAGAGACUGCUGUUUGUGAAGUGGGCAGGUCUGUCGUACUGGCACUGCUCCUGGGUCAACGAGCUACAGCUGGAGCUCUAUCACACGGUCAUGUACAGGAAUUAUCAGCGGAAGAACGACAUGGACGAGCCUCCGCCCUUUGACUACGGCUCGGGUGAAGAGGAGCUCAACAACGAGAAGCGGAAAAGCAAAGACCCGCAUUACGCCGCUAUGGAGGAGCGUUUCUAUCGCUAUGGCAUCAAACCCGAAUGGCUAAUCAUCCACCGGAUCCUCAACCACAGUUUUGACAAAGACGGAGACGUUCACUACCUGAUCAAGUGGAGAGAUCUACCGUACGACCAGUGCACCUGGGAGAUCGACGACUUCGACGUCCCUGAAUAUGAAAGCUUUAAACAGGCCUACUGGGACCACCGGGAGCAAAUGCUGGGUGAAGACCAUCGUCCCCUAGUGGUGAGAAAAGGAAGGCGACUGAAAGAGGAAGUGAAGAGGAGAGAAGCUCCGCCUGAGACUCCAGUUGUGGAUCCCACUGUUAAGUUUGAGCAGCAGCCAUGGUACAUCGAUGCCACAGGAGGAACUCUGCACCCGUACCAGCUGGAGGGUUUAAACUGGCUACGUUUCUCUUGGGCUCAGGGAACCGACACCAUCCUGGCCGAUGAGAUGGGACUGGGCAAGACAGUGCAGACAAUAGUGUUCCUGUACUCGCUCUACAAAGAGGGUCAUUCUAAAGGCCCGUUCCUGGUCAGCGCUCCGUUGUCUACCAUCAUCAACUGGGAGCGAGAAUUUGAGAUGUGGGCUCCGGAUUUUUACGUGGUGACGUACACGGGCGAUAAAGACAGCAGGGCUGUGAUCCGGGAGAACGAGUUCACGUUUGAGGACAGCGCUGUUAAAUCAGGACGCAAAGUUUUCCGCAUGAAGAAAGACACACCUGUGAAGUUCCACGUGUUGUUGACCUCAUACGAAUUGAUCACCAUCGAUCAGGCUAUUCUGGGCUCCAUCUCUUGGGCGUGUUUGGUCGUGGAUGAAGCUCAUAGACUGAAAAAUAACCAGUCUAAGUUUUUCAGAAUUCUGAAUGGUUAUAAGAUUUACUACAAGCUGCUCCUAACCGGUACGCCUCUACAGAAUAAUCUGGAAGAGUUAUUCCAUCUGCUGAACUUCCUCACUCCUGAGCGUUUUAAUAAUCUGGAGGGAUUUCUCGAGGAGUUUGCUGACAUUUCUAAGGAAGAUCAGAUUAAGAAGCUGCAUGAUUUGUUGGGGCCUCACAUGCUGCGGAGGCUGAAGGCCGACGUCUUCAAGAACAUGCCAGCAAAAACUGAGCUGAUUGUGCGUGUGGAGCUCAGCCCAAUGCAGAAGAAAUACUACAAGUUCAUCUUGACUCGAAACUUUGAAGCGCUGAACUCUAAAGGAGGUGGAAACCAGGUUUCUCUUCUCAACAUUAUGAUGGACCUGAAAAAAUGCUGCAACCACCCGUACCUCUUCCCUGUGGCGGCCGUGGAAGCCCCUGUGUUACCGAACGGGUCGUAUGAUGGGAACCUGCUGGUGAAGUCCUCAGGGAAACUCACUCUGCUUCAGAAAAUGCUCAAGAAGCUCAAAGACAACGGGCAUCGCGUCCUUAUCUUCUCACAGAUGACGAAGAUGCUGGACCUGUUAGAGGACUUCCUGGAGUUUGAAGGCUAUAAAUAUGAGCGCAUUGAUGGCGGGAUAACUGGAGGACUGCGGCAGGAGGCCAUCGAUCGCUUCAACGCUCCCGGAGCACAGCAGUUUUGUUUCCUGCUCUCUACUCGUGCUGGGGGAUUGGGAAUCAAUCUGGCAACCGCUGAUACUGUCAUCAUCUACGACUCUGACUGGAACCCACAUAAUGACAUUCAGGCGUUCAGCCGGGCGCAUCGUAUUGGACAGAAUAAGAAAGUAAUGAUCUAUCGCUUUGUUACGCGGGCGUCAGUGGAGGAGCGGAUUACCCAAGUAGCCAAGCGCAAGAUGAUGCUCACACACCUGGUGGUGCGUCCAGGCCUGGGCUCCAAAACAGGCUCCAUGUCCAAGCAGGAGCUGGACGACAUCCUGAAGUUUGGCACAGAGGAGCUCUUUAAAGACGACGUGGAAGCCAUUGGAGACAGUAAAGACGGAGAGGAAGGCAGCGUCAUCCACUACGAUGACAAUGCCAUCUCCAAGCUGUUGGACCGCAGCCAGGACGCCACCGAGGACACCGAGAUCCAGAACAUGAACGAGUACCUCAGCUCCUUCAAGGUGGCUCAGUAUGUGGUGCGAGAAGAGGACGGAGAGGAGGAGGUGCAGAGGGAGAUCAUUAAACAGGAGGAGAAUGUGGAUCCUGACUACUGGGAGAAACUCCUGCGCCAUCAUUACGAGCAGCAGCAGGAGGAUCUGGCACGCAAUCUGGGCAAGGGCAAGCGCAUCCGUAAGCAGGUCAACUACAACGACACGUCUCAGGAGGAUCAAGAAUGGCACGACGAUCUUUCAGACAAUCAGUCCGAGUACUCGGUGGGAUCUGAGGAUGAGGAUGAAGAUUUUGAGGAGAGACCUGAAGGAGGACGGCGACAGUCUCGCAGGCAGCUGAAGAGCGACCGGGACAAACCGCUGCCUCCACUGCUAGCUAGAGUAGGAGGAAACAUAGAGGUACUUGGUUUUAAUGCACGUCAGAGAAAGGCCUUCCUGAAUGCCAUCAUGCGCUGGGGUAUGCCUCCUCAAGACGCCUUCAACUCCCACUGGCUGGUCCGAGACCUGAAGGGGAAAAGUGAAAAAGAGUUCAGAGCAUACGUGUCGCUGUUCAUGAGACACCUGUGUGAGCCGGGAGCGGACGGAGCCGAGACGUUUGCGGACGGCGUUCCGAGAGAAGGACUGUCACGGCAACACGUCCUCACCCGGAUCGGUGUCAUGUCUCUUGUGAGGAAAAAGGUUCAGGAGUUUGAGCAUGUGAACGGCAAAUACAGCACUCCAGAUUUGAUUCCUGUAGGUCUGGAGCUGAAAAAGCUCACCGAGAGUCUCUCUUCCGACCCAAACACCCCAGUACCAGCCAGUCCCGCCCCGACUCAGCCCAGCACCCCAGUACCAUCAGACAAAUCUGAGAGCGGUCCCGUUCCUCCAGAAGAUAAAGACAGCGCUGAACACGAGAGCACGAAAACAGCCGAGUCUGAGACUUCCAAAGAAUCCGAGUCCUAUCCCGAAAAGACGCACGAGAGAGAAGAACAGAAAAUCGGUAGCGCCGAGCAGAAAUCAAACAAAGAGAGCGAGAAGAAAGACGAUUCGCCCUCCGAAUCGGAGCCGUCGAUCAAUCAAACUCAGCCGGUAUCCAAGCAGAAUGAGCAGUCCACCAAUCAGAUGGCACUUACGACAGGACAACAAAGUAAGGACCUGGAGCACACAUCGGAGAAAACGGAAAAAGACGCUUCUUUUGUCGUCAAGUUGGAGGACAAAGAACCAAAACAAGCAGCUCCUCAUGAGCCCAAAUCUGAGGACGGUGCUGAGAAUCAGCUGAACGGAGAGAAAGAAACGAGGGACGAGUUGGACGAGAGCCAGAAAGACGAAAAGAACGGUGCUAAGGCACGCUUCAUGUUCAACAUUGCAGACGGAGGCUUCACGGAGCUGCACACACUGUGGCAGAAUGAAGAACGUGUGGCUGUGUCGUCCGGUAAGAUGUAUGACAUCUGGCACCGACGCCAUGAUUACUGGCUUUUGGCCGGCAUCGUAACUCACGGCUACGCUCGCUGGCAGGACAUCCAGAACGACCCGCGCUAUGCCAUCCUCAAUGAGCCCUUCAAAACUGAGAUGAACAAAGGCAACUAUCUGGAGAUGAAGAACAAAUUCCUGGCACGGAGGUUCAAGCUGUUAGAGCAGGCGCUGGUAAUCGAAGAGCAGUUAAGAAGAGCGGCUUACCUGAACAUGACGCAGGACACCACACAUCCAGCCAUGGCGCUGAACACACGUUUCGCCGAGGUCGAGUGUCUGGCCGAGUCGCACCAGCACCUCUCCAAAGAGUCUCUGGCUGGAAACAAGCCGGCUAAUGCAGUACUACACAAAGUGUUGAAUCAGCUGGAGGAACUGCUGAGCGAUAUGAAGGCGGACGUCACGAGGCUGCCGUCCAUGCUCUCCCGCAUUCCUCCUGUAUCCGCUCGACUCCACAUGUCUGAGAGGAGCAUCCUGAGCCGUCUCACCAACCGUGAGCCUCAACCCCAGCAGCCUUUUCCACAGGGAUCGUUUGCCUGUUCUUCAAUGUACAAUAACAGCUUUGGAGGAGGAUUUCGAGGUCCUGCUGGAGCCGCCAUGGUUAACUACAGCCAGAUGCCCCUGGGGCCGUACGUUAGUGUGUCCUCAAACGGUCCUCCAGCACCCAGCAGCCACAUGGACAAGAAGUCCAGUGAGGUUCUGAGAGACGUGUCUCCACCUGACCUCAAAUCCAGCAAACCCUCGGACGUCAUCUGCAUCGAAGACUAGCCCUUAAUCGCAUCUUCUUAAUUACUUCUAUCUUUCUCUACCCCCCCCCCCUCCUCUUUUAGAUAAAAUUUGAACGUUAUUCUGGAACAUUCCUCCCACCGUACAGAUAAAACAAAUCUUAUGAAUUGCA